AUGGACCGCAGAGCAGCAUUGGAAGCCAAGAGGGCCAAGUUGGAAGAGCUGCGACGACAACGGCUGGCACGAGAGGCCCAAAUUGCCGGCCCACCGAAACUGGCUUCUCAGAGAAGUUUUGCGGAUCAAGAAGAACAAAACAACAAGGAAAAUGAGCCAGUUCCACAUGCCCCAAAACCCGUUCUGUCAGAGCCGGUCCAGACAGACGUCCAAAAUGAGCCCAUCCACGCUCACGGUCACAUUGACCUCCCCGUCCUACUGGAGAAAUCCACGUCCACAGACGACGAAGAGGUGCACCGACAACUGGAACAGGAGAUACGCCAAAAGCUCGAGCAUGAGAUCCGCAAGCAGCUGCAGCGCGAGUUCGAGCUCAAACAGCAAGCUCAGAUCCAUAAACCGGACCUCACGCCUCUCCUGGGGUCGCCGAUUCCGCCGCAGAACGAAAACAGGAACAGCAUCUAUGCUGCUGCCAAAGAAGAACCUGACGUGACCAGCACAUUUGUGACGUCACAAAAACUGCUUUUCAACGAUACAGUUGCGUCGAUGGCCGUCACGUCGAUCGACUGGUCGCCGCAUUAUCCUGAACUCAUCGCUGCCGCAUACACUGGCGCAAACAGACCGUGCUGUAUCCUCGUCUGGAACACUCUCACCCUUACACCGGAAUUCAGUCUCCAAACGUACACAGACAUCGUCGUGGUGAAGUUUGUCAAGUCGCGCUCAAACCAGCUGCUUGCCGGCGGCAUCGACGGCAGGCUGUACCUGUACGAGUUUGACUCUGCGACCAAAUAUCCGGUUACAUCGACAGCUAGCUCCGGCAAGUACCCCGUGGUGGCCAUUUUAGAGACCUCGAAUUCGGUGGUGAGCGUUUCGUCCGACGGCGUGGUUUCUGUUCACUCCAAGAACCUCAUGACGGCCAUUUCUCGCUCCCGGCUCGCGCUGGGCCAGAAAUUCCACAUCACAGCGUGCUCCAUCAAACAGAACCAUCUGCUGCUGGGCCUUUCCACAGGCAAGGUGUACAGAGUCGAGCUGGGGUCGCUGGACGACCCGGCCGCACUGCAGCUGCUCUCUGCAACGACGUAUCCACUGCCAGUGGUUUGCAUUGACCACAACGCGAAAACGGCCGUUUCAUGCGCGUUAGACUACAAAGUGAAGGUUUUCGAGAACGACGAGCUUCACACAAUUAACACCUCGAACCUCGUGGCCGAUAUCAGUCUGGACCGCGAGUCGCAGACGUUUGUCACCGUGGGGCCCGACGGGGCCGUCGAGUUCUGGAAUUUGGGCGAAAACAGACACGCGAGUCUCGGCUCCAUGAACCUGGGCGUGCCGCUCAACAGGGUAGAAUGGAGUCCCGACGGGCGUGUUUUCGCUUGCGCCGCGGCAGAUGGCCACGUCUACUUGGAAAUUCUGUAG